UUGAGCUACACGACUUGCCGUAGCUUGUCCCACUGUAAUGAUUACGCACAUCCUGGAUAGAAAGGUGGAAAACAUUCGGUUAGCUUUGUUUUAAUGAUAUUUACACGAUACCAGUGCUUGUGAUUUUCGCGUGGCAUUUGUUUUUGUAUGUGGUUAGGCUGUUUUUAUGCCUCAGUACCCUCCAAAGUACAGUAUUCGAUAGUCUCCGCCCAUUUGUGGAGGUAAACAAUGUCCGUCAUCUAAGUGAUCGAGCUUGUUUACUGCGGUUAAAUUACUCGAUUUGUCGUCUGUAAAUGGAAAUAAGUUGAAUCCCGCCAUGAAUUGUCGCUCGGAAGUUCUUGAGGUGACGGUGGAGGCGCGGCAGGUGGAAGAAUCAAUGUUGUCUUUAUUACACACCAUCUUGCUGCAUCGCAGCACGGGCAAGUUCCACUACAAGAAGGAGGGCACCUACUCCAUCGGCACGGUGGGCACACUGGACAUCGACUGUGAUUUCAUUGAUUUCACCUUUGUCAGGGUGUCCUCAGAGGAGCUGGACAGGGCGAUCAGGAAAGCUGUGUCUGAAUUUAAGGAUGCCUUGAGCAACUCUGGCAGCGAUGGCAUGGGGCAGAUCUCUCUGGAGUUCUACCAGAAGAAGAAGUCCCGCUGGCCCUUCUCUGACGAGUGCAUCCCCUGGGAGGUGUGGAGCAUCAAAGUCAAUGUGGUCAACCUGGCGAAUGAGCAGGAGAGACAAAUCUGCAGGGAGAAAGUGGGUGAAAAGCUGGGGGAGAAGGUGAUCAACGUGGUCGAGGUUAUAAACCGUCAUGAAUACCUGCCGAAGAUGCCUACCCAGUCUGAAGUGGACAAUGUUUUCGACACUGGCCUCAAAGAUGUCCAACCGUACCUUUAUAAAAUCACUUUUCAGAUCACUGAUUCACUGGGCACGUCUGUAAGCACCACCAUGAGAAGGUUGAUAAAAGACACUCUGGCGCUGUGAGGAUCCUCUGAGACAGAAAAUAUAGAUUUCUGUUUAGAAAGUUUGUCUGCUUUGUUCUUGCAAAAAUGCACCAUUGUCUGUGUAUUCAACCCCCUCUCUGAUGUAGUGACAGUGAUUAUCUUAAUUUAAAAAAAAUAAUAUACAAAUUUCUUUUUCAAGUUUUGUUUGCAAGCAGAUUUCUAUCUAAAAUCAUGUUUUAUACCCAGUAAAAUUACCAUACACCCAUUCGAUUCUUACAUUUAGCAUGCUAAGCAUUGCCAAUUAUGUAAAUUAUUUUAAAAAUUUAGCAAUAAAUGUUGUUCUUUAUCCGCCAGUCCAUAGCCUGACUUCUUUUUCAAGUGAAAUAUUGCUUAAUAACCUUGUUCCAUGACAGGAAGUGAAUGAGAACGUGUUGGAAAGGACAAGAUAAAUUGUGAUUUUUCAUGUAGAGUUUGGGAACAGAUUUCCUCAUCUGUGACACUUCCCUUUCUGAACACAAUUUUGUGGUGAGCAUGACCUUACACAUUGAGAACAGGAUUUCCAGUUUUCUGUUUUUCCAAAUUAAAACAAACACUUCCUAAGUUCCCUCCCUGGUUUCCAUUCAGAAAGAGUCACAGUGGCCCACAGCUCGACAUGCAUCUCCCCCAGUUUGGGGUUAUCUGUCUGCCAACAGGAAACAACACGUAUGAUUCCUUUGAUUCAGGAUGCACAUCAAACAAUCUUCUGUGUGCUGCGUCAGCUGCAACGUUGAAUGUGAAAACAGGCCAUUAUCUGCGCGAUAGCGUACAUAUCACGUCAGUGGAACAGCCUUCCUGAAGCCCUGAGGGCAGCACAGAAUGAUGGCCAUUUAAUUAAAAAAAAAAAUCCUUUCUGUUCUGGCUGCUAAUUGAUUCUUAGUUAAUCCCUGAAUACAAUCAUUUUAUCCAUUCGUAUUUGCAUUUAUUUUUAUUGUAGUUAAGAAAUACCACAAGUCUGAUAACUGAAUUUUAAUUGCUUUAUUUUUUCCUUUUCAUAGUUUUACUAACUGGUGUUAAUCUGUAAUACAGCCUGCAAAUGAAAUUCAUUGUAUGCCUUUCAUUCAAUUUUUUCAUUAUAUUUAUGCUCAAAUUCUAACUUAGGAAUUAAUUUAGGAUUUAAGUUUUGCAAUCCUGUUAUCUUGCCUCUGUGUCAUUGAUGUUCAUAGAAAUGACAAUUGAACUUCCUCAGUUGUUUUUUCUUCUUUUUAAUUUAUUAGGACAUUUCCAUAUUCAUACUUAGGUAUUUGAAAUGUCCUUGUCAUUUCUGCUCUGUGCUCCUGCAUUCUGUAAAGAACCUUGUUACAUGAAAAAUGCUAUACAAAUAAAGUCUGAUUUAAAGUUGAAUGUGAAA